AUGCCGGCAUUUUUCUUGUCGUCCACAAAAGGUCCACCAAGAAAGAGAAUUGUCGCCAAAAGAGGACUGAAAGAUGGAGAUGACAAAGAAGCUAGAUUGACUCGCCGACGGCGGAUGAUGGAAAGGACUGAAAUAAGCUCAGACGAGGAGGAACUUAGUGUAGCAGACGAUCGUAUAUCGGAUGUUAGCGAAGGUGAGUACGAAAUUGAGGAUCUCGCUCGCCUUAAGGCAAAAGAGUAUCUGCAAAAGCUGCAUGAAGCUGGUAAAACUGAGGAAGAGAUUGGGGAGACCCUGAAAGAAGAUGCAGCUACAAAGGCGGGCACGUUGCGACGGCAGUUAGCUGACUUGGCAGAAUUACGCGAUGAGGAGGAAGUAUCUCAUAGAGGACAUAGGUUUACUCCUCUAUGUGUUGCAAUUUCACCAUGUGGGAAAUACGUAGUUAGUUGUGGAAAAGAGUCUAGUAUAGUUAAGUAUGACAUUACUCUUCGGAAGAUUGUUGGAACAAUUAAGCGGACGAAGACUGGAGGAGAAGAUCAGAAGGCCCAUCAUGGUCACAUAUAUGCUGUUGCUAUAUCGUCUGAUGGCAAGUAUAUAGCAUCUGGUGGAUAUGAUGCCGUUCUUAAGUUUUGA